GGGUGGUGGCAUGAGGUGUGUGCCGUCAGCUGCCUGGCAGAGGCGGCCCGAGGGCCUACUAUUGAAGCAUUGUUGUCAUUCCUGUUGAGGGGGGCAGUGGGGGGGGCAGGCCGAUAGCGCCACUGAAAGCACCGAUCCCAUGUCAAGAUGGCCGGAGGGAUCGUCAGCAAUUUGGACAACCUGUGCAACGUGGACUGUGCCAAUGUGCACCCCCUGGUGUGCCACCUUUGCCACCAGCAGUAUCAGUCGCCGUGUCUGCUGGAUUGCUACCACAUCUUCUGCGCCCGCUGUUUGCUGGGCCGGACCAACGACAGUCGACUGAGCUGCCCCCUCUGCGGAUAUCUAUCCAUCAUAAAGGGGAACAACAGCCUCCCGCCAGAGGACCGUCUGCUCAAAUUCCUGGUGGACAACAACGCAGACGCUGAUGAGAUUGUACAGUGUGCCAACUGCGACCAGGAGAGCAACAAAAAGGACACAGGCGUGAUGUUCUACUGCAACACUUGUAACCAGCCGCUGUGCUGCGCCUGCAGGGAGCUGACGCACAAGGCCCGAAUGUUUGCUCACCACGACAUUGUUACGUUGUCCAAGCGCAGCAAAGCCAAGCACAGGAAAUGUGUUCUGCACGAGGAACCCUACAUCCUCUUCUCCACCGAGAACAAGUCCAUGCUUUGCAUCAAGUGUUUCAGAGAUAUGCAAGUGGAGAGUCGCACUCACUGCAUUGACAUUGAGACGGCCUACAUGCAAGGAUGCGAAAUGUUGGACCAGGCCGUGCUGGUGGUGAAAGAGCUGCAGACGUCCACCCGAGAGGCCAUCUUCCUGCUGAGGUCCAUGAUAGGCGAAGUGUGUCUGAACGUGGAGGAGGAGGAGAGCGCCAUCUGCUCUCUCUUCAACAGUCUGCAGGAAAAACUGGCUGAGAGGAAGAAGAUUCUGCUGAAGACUGCACAGAGCCAACACGAGGAGAAGGAGAAAGCACUCAAAGAGCAGCUCUCACACCUCACCUCACUGCUGCCAACACUCCAGGUUCAUCUGGUCACAUGCUCAGCCUUCCUAAGCUCAGCCAACAUGUUUGAGUUUCUGGACAUGGGUUACCAACUGAUGGAGCGACUGAAGCGGAUCGUCAAGCUUCCCCACCGCCUCAGACCGGUGCAGAGCAGCAAAAUCAACACCGACUACCGCAGCGAGUUUGCCCGCUGUCUGGAGCCGCUGCUCCUGAUUGGCCAGCGCCGCGCCCCUUCGUUGGCCGGCUCUUCCAGCGUGGCCACGAGGCUGCAGUCGCCUCUCUCCAUGUCUCUCAGUGAGAUGCCGCUCGGCUCCGUGUUCGGCAGGAGGCCCACGUCUCACCGCAACAUCUGCACCAAGGUGCUGCUGGCCGAGGGGCGCGAGACGCCCUUCACCAAGCACUGCAACAACUACGAGAACUCCUACAGGACGCUUCAGAGCGAGAUUCAGAGCCUGAAGGACCAGGUCCAGGAGCUGCACCGAGAUCUGACCAAGCACCACUCCAUCAUCAACACGGAGCAAAUGGGCGAGAUAAUGGACCGCUCGCUGCACAUCGACAGCCAGAUUUCGUCCCAAUACACCACAGUGGAGACCAUGAGGGCCAUGUUUGAAGAGAUUUGGGACGAGACCUUUCAGAGGGUCACCAAUGAGCAGGAGAUCUACGAAGCCCAGCUUCACGACCUGAUGCAGCUGAAGCAGGAGAACUCCUACUUGACCACCAUCACCAGGCAGAUCAGCCCCUACAUCCUCUCCAUCGCCAAGGUCAAAGAGCGACUGGAACCCAGGCUUCAGGAGCCCAAAGAAUGCCGCGACGACCGCACUGAAACCAUGUUGAAGAUUUACGAAGAUUGCACAACAAUGGCAACAGAGAGUCAAGACAGUGACAAGCAGACACGCGUCCCAGAACAGGACAGGAGCAACCACCCGCUCAUGCUCAAGUGACACCACCUCGUACGUACCAAACCUGGAGUACGUGACAAUCUCCGAGCAGCAAGGCUGGUAGGGGAGGGGCGGGGGUCU